AUGUCUGAAAAUAGAGAAUUACACUUGGAUUUGCUUGACAAGAUAAAGAAUAUUUUAAAUGCUCAUAAUCCAUUUGUACACACGUUUCGCCAGUUAGCUCAGCGUCUAGAUAUACAUGAAUGCAGACUUCAGAUCAAAGAACAACCACGUAAUAGGCCCCAAUACAACCAUCCGACUGCUCCUGAAGUUGCUGCAGUUUUAGUAGGCGGCGAAGAAGCAGGAAACUUAAGACCAAGAGAUAUCAUUGUCCAAUCAACCAGUGGUCACCUCCUAAAUAUUCCUGAUAUUACCGGAUAUUAUGAUCCAUUACAGUAUCCUCUGUUGUUACCCUAUGGUUCAUAUGGAUGGGAUGCAAAUAGCAGAAGUAAUGAUGGCAGAAAAGUAACAUACUGUGAUUUCUAUUCUUAUAUGCUACAGUCACCACAUGAUCGCCCUGAUUUGCUGACAAGAGUAUUUCAUUCAAAAUUUGAUGAGACAAAGACCGACAUUCUUACAAAACAUGUACUCUGGAAGGUUCUAGCAUAUGCAUAUGUUAUUGAGUAUCAAAAAAGAGGCUUACCACAUGACCACAUGGUCAUUAUUUUGGAUGAAAAUGAUAAGUUACGCACUCUUGACGAUUAUGAUAACAUUAUCAUAGCUGAAAUUCUAGACAAGAGAAUAGAGCCUAGAUUAUACAGUGCAGUUCUGAAACACAUGAUACAUGGCCCAUGUGGAAUGUACAAUGAACGAUCACCAUGUAUGACAAAUGGUCGGUGCAAAAGACGUUUCCCAAAGCCAUUUUCUCCAAUUACUACACUUGGAAACGAUUCAUACCCUGUUUAUCGAAGAAGAGAAGGGGAGUCAGUUCCAUUAGAGAGUAAUCCAAGCAUCUUGGUGGAUAAUAGUUGGGUCAUUCCAUACAACCCAUGGUUGCUCUUGGAAUAUGAUUGUCAUAUCAAUCUUGAAAUUUGCAGUAGUGUUACAAGUGUGAAGUAUUUAUACAAAUAUGUUUAUAAAGGGCCUGACCGUGUUGCACUAGAAGUUCGUCAAGGUCCUAAUUAUGACGAAGUACAACAGUUCAUAGAUGGAAGAUGGGUUUGUGCUCCAAAAGCAUUAUGCAAAGUAUUCAAAUUCCUAAUGACCAAAAUGACCUCUAGUGUAAAAUGCCUCCAAAUACACUUACCAAAUAAGCAUCAAGUGAGAUUUUAUACAUUUCAAGACAUCACAAAUGUUUUAGGAGAUAAGUAUUAUUCCAGAACAAUGCUUACCCAAUUCUUUCAAUUAAAUGUUGAUGAUGAAACUGCAAAUCGGUACUUAUAUCGAGAGAUCCCGCAACAUUAUAGAUGGUGCAACAAUGCAAAGAUGUGGCAAUUGAGAUUGAACCAUCCAAGAGUAAUUGGUAGAAUUUACACAGUUUCGCCAUCAGAAGGGGAGAGAUUUUACUUGAGAAUUUUACUCAAUCAUAUCCGAGGACCAAAAUCAUUCGAUCAUUUGUUAAUGGUUAAUGGAAUUGCGUACCCAACUUUUAAACAAGCAGCUGAACAUCAUGGUUUGUUAGAGCAUGAUGAUAGCAUACGACAAUGUUUGUUAGAAGCUGCAACCAUGCACAUGCCAUCAGCUUUAAGGAGAUUGUUCGUUACAAUUUUGGUUUACUGUGUGCCAACAGGGGUGCAAAGUUUGUGGGAUGAAAUUUAUCCUUUCUUGAUUGAAGAUUACAUAUCUUCAAACAGUAUGAAUAAUAUGUAUAUCCUUAACAAAACCCUGCACGACAUAAACUGUCUCUUGCUACAAAACCCUGCAUAA